AUGUCGUCCUCGACGCCCACGCCCACUGCUUCGGCCUCCGAGACGUGGGUGUGGAACCCUAGCUUGGGGGUGUACUACCACGCCGCCAGCGACAUGUACGCCAUCCCAUCCGCCGGCGAGUGGACGUACUGCACUGCCGCGGAGCUCGCCGCCCGCGGCGGCGCCGGGCCAUCUACCGCUGCCGGGACCCAGGAGAUGGAGGAGGGAGAAGUGGAAGACGAUGUCGGAUGGGGAGGCCUGAUGGACCCGGAGAAACUGGCUCGCGUCGUCGCAAGCACUACUGGACCAACACAUCCGUCAGCGGACGGCGGACGGAGCACGCACGACAACGACCGAGAUCGAGAGCGCUACGGCAACGGACACGACCCAUACGGGCGCAGCGAAGAGCCAGAACCUGAGAAACCCGCCCCCGAUCAUAUUCUGCGCUUCGUCGUGCGCCGAUCGAAGGUACUUCCCCUCGGCGGGGUCGUGCUCCUCGACGCCCGACCUGGUGGAAUCCAGAUCGGGCGCGACCGACGAGGCGCGGGGGAUCCGGCGCGUGUCCGCGUCCGCGAGAUGGAAGUGAGCAAGACACACGCGCUGGUGUAUUGGGGCCGGGAAGGGCGCGUGGACGCGGCGGUGCGUGCCGCGGUGCCCAAACCUGAGGAUGCGGAGGGGUGGUGGAUCGUCGACCUGGGCUCGACGCUGGGAACGUACGUCGCGCACCGCGGGGAAAGGGAGGCGACACGCCUCAGCGAAGCGAAGCACGCAAGUACCCCGCACCCGAUCCGCCACCUCAGCCGCGUGACGGUGGGCACGACGACGUUCACGGCUCACAUCCAUACGGACUGGCCGUGCGGCGACUGCGCGCUUGCAGGCGCUGAGGAGAUCAGGCUCGAGGUCGACGCCGAGACGGCCACGCCGGACGGCGGCUCGCCUGCCCCAUUCGACCCUCCUGUCGGCGCGGCGGCGCGCCGUGGCCAGCGCCAGUUCAAGCGUAAACUGGCGAUGGAUGCUCUCCGCGACACAUUGCUAGGCGAAGACGCGCGGACCGCGCCGUCGCGAGGCGCAUAUGUCGACCGCUCGGCGCAGCGCCGGCGCUUACACGUCUCAUCGCCACCACGCACGAGCGGUAGCCCCGGCCCAGCGAUUAUUGCUCCGCCGCAACCGGCGGGGCCGUCCGCGGCGGCCCGCGCCAUGCUCGCUCGUCAGGGGUGGGCACCCGGCUCGGGCCUCGGCCGCGAUGCCUCUGGUCGCGCGGAGCCAGUCGUCGCCGUGCUGCGGAACGAGCGAGUAGGACUUGGCGCGCGGGGGCAGGUAGCGGACCAGGGCGAUGGCGCGGGCGGAGACUGGAGGUCGAGGGGGAAGCAGAGGCGGUGGGACGAAGUAGCACGCGGAUAG